AUGCGAGCGGCGUGGAUGAUGGCAGCGGCGGUUGCCGCCUCCAACGAUUGCGCGACGUUGGGAUAUGGAAAUGCACCGACUUGCAAGGAAUGCCACGACGUCGACAACGCUUCGCGAGCCGCAUGCCUCGGUUGCUGCGUCCCGGCUGCGACAUUCCCCCAACUGAAGAUUCAAGAUGCUACGCCCGGCUUCUCUGUCCAGUACAAGCGCGGCAACUUGCCAACUCUCCUCAUGUACGACGAAAACGAGGAAUUGCAGGACUCUGUCAUCGUCGUUUCUUGGGACCAACCGUCCCUCGAUGCGUACCUGGCCCUCCACUUGAAGCCGUCUCCCACCGUCAUUGCAGCGCAUGAAGCUCACGUUCUCGCCAUGCGUGCGCAAGCUGGACGUUCGGACGAGCUCUAG